UAUACAAAAUCCCUCUUCAUUUUUAUUCUGAAAACUCCUCUCUUAUCGAACACCAGGUCGGAAAUCGGUGGAGUAUACACACAAAGAGUUGUCGCCGGAGAUUCACCGGAACUAAAUGGAAGUGACACCGGAGAAGAAAGAAUUGGAUAACAAGAACACGAACAACACUCAAUCUCUAAUCAUCGAUCCCUCAAUAGCCGCCGAGGAUCGUGAACGAAUCGCCGUUGACCUUAAAGCCGGCUUGCAUCCUCUCAAGAACAAGUUUGUUUUCUGGUACACUCGCCGGACACCUGGGGUUCGAUCACAAACAUCAUAUGAGGACAAUAUAAAGAAAAUUGUUGAUUUUAGUACUGUUGAAGGUUUUUGGGUUUGCUACUGUCACUUGGCUCGUCCAGCAACAUUGCCCAGCCCAACUGAUUUGCAUCUUUUCAAGGAGGGUAUUCGUCCAUUAUGGGAGGAUGCUGCUAAUUUCCAUGGUGGGAAGUGGAUAAUUCGUUUUAAAAAGGCUGUCUCAGGACGUUUUUGGGAGGACCUGGUUCUUGCUUUGGUAGGUGAUCAACUCGAUUAUGGUGACAACAUAUGUGGUGCAGUUCUAAGCAUUCGUUUCAAUGAAGACAUAUUGAGUGUAUGGAAUCGUAAUGCGUCAGAUCAGCAGGCUGUGAUGGCAUUGAGAGAUUCAAUCAAGCGACACUUGAAGCUUCCUGGUGGCUAUGUCAUGGAAUACAAAGCCCAUGAUGCUUCCUUGCGCGACAACUCAUCUUACCGCAAUACUUGGAUAAGAUCAUAAUACUGUAGUUGCUAAACUCUUAUUUCAUUGUUAAACUUUUAGAAGAGAGAUUCUUCGGUUGGUAUUUGGUCAAGUGAUUUUCAUGGUAAAAUGGAUAACCUUGACCAUGUAUUAUGAGUUAACAAUCAUGAUCUGUUUAAUGUCUGUUUCUUCUAAAGUGUAUGCACUAAACUCUAUUGACAAAUGGAUUAUCCCCAGUAGUUUGUUA